UAACCUUCUCAGUCCGACAGCUUUCGGAGUUCCAGCUCCGCACGCCGCACCGAUGGCGCUCGCCGCUACACUCCACGUGGUGAACGUUGCGGCGUGGCUUUCAUGGUGCCUCUUGCUGCUCCAUGCGCUCCUGCCACACAGGGAUGCAGGUCUUCGGGACGGCAACGCCAAGAUGCUUUUCUUGGCCUUGCAGGCCUUGAUGGCACUGGAGGUUUGUGCCAUCACCUUCUCUCGGAAGUGUAGCGUCGGGAACUUCCUGCAAACGGGGCUGGGCGUCUUCAUCUGUCUUUUCCGGGUGAGCACGGCCUUGCUGGUGGUCCCACUGUUGGAGAACGAGUGGCUCCAGAAGGCACUCCUCGCCGGCUGGGCCUUGUCGGACACCGUGCGCUACGCAGCGCUCGUGGGCAAAGGUGUGGCGUCCUUGCAGCGCUUGCGCCGCGCGGCGUCCACGGUGCUCUUCCCGCUGGUGGCGCUGGCAGAACUGGGGGCUGCAGGGUUGGUGCUGGAGACGAGUUCGGAGAGGACGCGGCAUUUCUUGAUGGCCCAGAUGUGCGUGACGCUGCUGGGCGUGCCCGUGGGGUCCUUCCUGUUUCUGCGGGCGGCGUCCAAGAAAUCCACCUGAAGGAACUUGGGAUCUAGCAGAGGCCACUGAGCAGAUCAUAGCGGGUCCUCAUUGAACGCUCUGCCGGCUUCCUCGAUCAGCAUGCUGAA